GACUGCAUUCUUGGAUGGUUCAGUUGUCCAUCACAUCGAUUCUUCCAACUCUUCCACAUGCCUAAGAAAGAUGGUGCAAGACAUUAGAGCUCUCCCUUUUAAAGCUUAAUCAAACACUCCUUCUUUCAUGCAGGCUGAUGUACUCUAAACUGGCAGCUUUGUCUGUGAACUUGGCCAACCAACAGGGAAAAGAAGCAAGCUUAUGAUGCUUCCUCCUGGUAGGUUUCCAUAAGUUAAGAAAUCUAUUACCUAAUACUGUACCAUAUGUUUCCGUCUGAAGAAUUUGUGGCUCUGUUUGGGUCUCCGACACAGGGUAGAAGUGCUUUUAAUCUUACACUGCACGAAUCAGUUGGCUCUACCAUCACCCUCAAGCGGCAGAUAAGAACGGUACCGGCCCCGUUCCGCCCCAUCAGAGGCGGCUGCAAUCACUUCGCGUUUAUAUCCCUUCUUGGUGUCUGGAACGAACGAAAAGGAAGGGAGAACGGGUAUGGUCGGGCCGAUGGCCACGGAUCCGCUCCUCAGCCUCCACCGCCACCCGUCCGACCUCAUGGUCGGCGUCGUCGACUACCUCGGCCGUCCCGCCUCCAGAUCCGCCACUGGCGGCUGGACCUCCGCCCUCUUUAUCAUAGGUCUCGAUCCCCCCCGCUUCCUCCUCAAUCUCGGCCGUCCGGUUGAUCUCGACUCGUGGCUUGCAGUGGUGGAGGUUGCCGAGCGGUUCGCCUUCUUCGGGUUGUCCUCCAACCUGAUAAUCUACCUCACCGGCCCGCUCAAUGAGCCGACGGCGACAGCCGCGGCCGCGAUCAGCACGUGGAAGGGAGUGGCGUGUAUGCUGCCCUUCCUGGGUGCUGUCGUCGCCGACUCUUACCUGGGGCGCCAUCGGACCAUCGUCAUCGCCUCUCUCCUCUACAUCCUGGGUUUAGGCAUGCUGGCAGUGUCAUCUGCGUUGCUAUCCUUCCAUCUGGCAAAAUGUGGCGGCGCGGUGGAUGAAGUGGCCUGCACACCCUCUCUUGCCCAAGUGGCCUUGUUCUACGCGUCCCUGUACCUGGUUGCACUCGCUCAAGGAGGUCAUCAACCCAGUGUCCAGGCAUUUGCAGCUGACCAGUUCGACCAAACCGAUCCCGAGGAAUCAAUCGCAAGGAGCGCUUUCUUCAACUGGUGGUGCUUUGCAAUAUAUUGUGGCAUUCUUGUUGGGGUUGUAGUCCUCAGCUAUGUCCAGGAUAACCUGGGUUUUGUCCUCGGGUUUGAAAUCCCAUUCAUGGUGAUGCUGUUUGGUCUUCUGGUCUUCUUGCUUGGGACGAGAACUUACCGCUUCUAUCUCCUGGAAGAUUUGAGCCCCUUCGCCCGUAUCGGCAAAACACUCGUUGCAUUGGCAAGAACUACGGCCGAAGCAGACACAGAACGUCACCAAUCUGAUGUUGGAGAUGUAGAGGAAUCUAAGAGGUUGCUUCGACUGUUCCCCACAUGGGCGACGUGCUUGAUCUACGCCGCCGUGCUUAACCAGCCAUCCACCUUCUUCACUAAGCAAGCCAGUACUUUGGACAGGAGCAUCAGCAGCUCGAACUUUCGAGUGCCACCAGCGGCGCUGCUAAGCCUUAUCAGUGCCUCCGCCGCCGCUUGCACUCCCAUCUAUGAUCGCUUUCUCGUGCCCGCAGCCAGAAGGUUCACAGGUCUUCCUUCUGGCAUCACGAUGCUUCAGAGGAUCGGCAUCGGAAAGGUGAUCUCUCUGAUCUCUAUCGUGGUGGCAGCCCUGGUGGAGACGAAGAGGCUCCGAACUGCAAGAGAGUUCAGCCUGGUGGAUCAGCCCGAAGCAACCAUUCCACUGAGCAUCUGGUGGCUGGUGCCUCAGUACGUUCUUUCCGGCGUGGCGGAUGCUUUCUCGGUGGCCGGGUUGCUGGAGUUCUUCUACGACCAAGUCCCUGAUGCAUUGAGGAGUCUCGGGGUGGCCCUCUUCAUGAGCAUCUUCGGCGUCGGCAGCUUCAUCGACGGAUUCAUGAUCUCUGCGAUCAACAAAAUAACUGGCGUAAUGGGAGAGACGUGGUUUUCCAACAAUCUCAACCGCGCUCAUCUUGAUGACUUCUACUGGCUUCUCGCGGGGCUCAGUAUUCUCGAGUCGGUUCUCUACCUCCACUGUGCGCAAGCAUAUGUGUACAAGAAAAAGGACACUGCUGCACUCACGUAACUUCACUUUCAUUCCAUGGGAUCCUUCUUGUCA